GUUUGAAUGCCUUUGUCACCACCACCUUUCUUCCAUCCCUACACUUGGGAGCUGAAAUAGUAAUGCAACAACCAGAAAGGAACUGAGGAAGCUAAGGACUAAUUAGGAGGAACAGAUUAAUCUCACAGAUUAAACUGGAAGAACCAAAUGCCCUCUUCUUUCAGGCAACGCUUCAUCACUUGGUUCAUCCUUGUCAUGAUUUUACUAUACAUCCUAUAUUCUUCCAAUCUUUUCCUCUUCACAGGCAACAAGAAAAAUUGUCCCACGGCGGUGCGAAAUUUAGAAGAUGAAAACGCCACGGAUGAACGUGUACUUGAGAUUGCUAAUAACAUUUCCACAACUAUAACUGCUACGGUUGAAGAUACUGUUGUUCAUGAUGAAGUGAAAAAAGAGAAGGAAGAGGUGGUGGUACCUGUGGUGGUGGAACGACAAGAAGAGGAAGAUGAAGAAGAGAUACCCAUUGAACAGUUAUCCCAAAGAGAUGACACAGAGCUUAAGCACAUUGUUUUUGGGAUAGCGGCAUCAUCAAAUUUGUGGAACAUAAGGAAGGAAUACAUCAAGGUGUGGUGGAAGCCUAAUCAAACAAGAGGGGUGGUGUGGUUGGAUGAAAAAGUGAAGACAAAUCCAAGCGAAGGGUUACCACAGGUUCGGGUUUCAGCGGAUACAUCAGAAUUCAAAUACACGAAUAAACAGGGAAUGAGAUCUGCAUUGAGGAUUUCAAGGGUGGUAACGGAGACGCUGAAGCUUGGGAUGAAGGAUGUGAGAUGGUUCAUGAUGGGAGACGAUGACACAGUGUUUGUGGUUGAUAACUUGGUUAGGGUUCUGUCCAAGUACGACCACACACAGUUCUAUUAUGUUGGAAGCACAUCCGAAAGCCACGUCCAGAACAUAUUUUUCUCGUAUGCAAUGGCAUAUGGUGGAGGAGGAUUCGCUAUAAGCUAUCCAUUGGCUAGGGAGCUUGCAAAGAUGCAAGAUCGUUGCAUGCAGAGAUACCCUGCAUUAUAUGGCAGUGAUGACAGAAUGCAAGCAUGCAUGGCUGAGCUAGGUGUCCCAGUAACCAAGGAAGCUGGCUUUCACCAGUAUGAUGUGUAUGGGGACCUGUUAGGACUUCUAGGGGCACAUCCUGUGACCCCACUAGUGACAUUGCACCACCUCGAUAUAGUGCAGCCAAUAUUCCCAAGCAUGAAUCGAGUGGAAUCACUACGACACCUAAUGAAAGCCGUGAAGCAAGACUCGGCUAGCAUAAUGCAACAAUCAAUCUGCUUUGACAAUAAAAGGUAUUGGUCCAUUUCAGUUUCAUGGGGAUAUGUCGUUCAGGUUCUCAGGGGAGUCAUGUCCCCUCGAGAGCUAGAGAUGCCGACUCGGACCUUCCUGAAUUGGUACAGAAGAGCUGAUUACACUGGAUAUUCAUUCAACACAAGGCCUUUCAGCAAAAACGCAUGUCAGAAACCUUUUAUUUACUACAUGAACAGAACUCGAUAUGAUCCAGUCAGAAAGAGAAUUAUUGGCACUUAUUCUCGCUUGAGAUCCAGGAGUCUUGAGUGCAAGUGGGAGAUGGAGUCACCAGAGAAAAUCAAUACCAUCAUUGUUUCAAAAAGGCCAGAUCCUCUCCGCUGGCAACGGUCUCCAAGGAGGGACUGUUGUAGAGUCCAGCCAUCACGCAAGAAGUCAACUAUGCGCCUAUGGGUUGGACGUUGUCGAGAAGGAGAGGCCAGUGAGUUGCUUAUUUAAAGGCUAAACCCCGAUCUUCCAAACUACUGUUAGUUUGCCCAAAUUAUUGGCCGUACCUGCAUUAGAUAGCGAACAGAACACAAAAUUCAGCUAUGCCAUAUUGAUCAUGAUGUCAUGUCAAAUCUAGAGUUUCUACAGU